CAUUAAAAUGACUUCUCAUCGGUCAUUCCCUGCGGACGACUUUGGUAUCUACUAUGUCCUUGCAGAGUGCACAGACUAUUAUGACUCCCUUCCAGUUAACGAGGCAGAUGAGAACCAGCCCCACUUCCAGGGCGUGACUGGCCUCCGGAACCUGGGCAACACGUGCUACAUGAAUGCCAUCUUGCAGUGCCUCUGCAGCAUCUCGCCGCUGGUGGAGUACUUCCUCUCUGGAAAGUACAUGACAGCUCUUCAGAAGGAUUGCAGUGAGGUUGCCACUGCUUUUGCAUACCUGAUGACAGACAUGUGGCUUGGAGACUCCGACUGUGUCUCUCCAGAAGUAUUUCGGUCAGCUCUUGGCAACCUCUACCCAGCGUUUAUGAAAAAGACACAACAAGAUGCUCAGGAAUUCUUGAUUUAUGUCCUAAAUGAACUUCAUGAAGCUCUGAAAAAGUACCACCGAAGAAGAUCACAUGAGAAAGGAUCUGCUCAAAGAUGCUGCAGGAAGAUGAUUGCCAAUGAGACAUCCAUCAUCACCCGGCUGUUUGAAGGGCAGCUCAAUUACGGCAUCACAUGUUUGAAGUGUGAGAACUGCACCUACAAGAACGAAGUCUUCACUGUCCUCUCCCUCCCCAUUCCAUCCGAAUAUGAAUGUUCCCUUCAGGACUGUCUCCAAUGUUUUUUUCAACAAGACACAUUGACCUGGAACAACCAAAUUCAUUGCUCUUUUUGUGAAACCAAGCAGGAAACAGCUGUGAGGGCCAGUAUUUCCAAAGCACCAAAAAUAAUUAUUUUUCACUUAAAAAGGUUUGACAUUCAGGGUACACUGAAGAGGAAACUGAGAACCGAUAUUCAUUACCCACUCACUAACUUGGACCUCACUCCUUAUAUUUGUCCAGUUUUCCGGAAGCAUCCCAAAUACAACCUCUGUGCAGUCGUGAACCACUUUGGUGAUCUGGAUGGGGGCCACUACACUGCUUUCUGCAAGAACUCAGUUACCCAAGCCUGGUAUAGCUUUGAUGACACAAGAGUCAGUGAGAUUCCAGAAACUUCUGUUCAAACUGCUACAGCAUAUCUCCUGUUCUAUAGCUGCCAGCCCUUUUCUAAACCUAUACAAAAAUGCAAGAGCUAG